GGCAUGUACAUGGUGAACUACGACCCGACCAACUGGCAGCUGCUGGCGGCGUACCUGGAGGCGUCGGCGGGCGGCGACGGCGCGCUGGCGGCGGUGGAUGUGGGGUCGCGCGCCAAGCUACUGCACGACGCGUGGAACCUGGCGCUGGCGGGAGAGCUGGCGUUCGGCGCCGCCCUCAACAUGACGCUCUUCCUGCCCCGCGAGACCGAGUUCGCCGUGUGGGACACCUUCUUCACCAUGGUGGACCACGUGGGCCGCCACACGUCCGGCACGCCCGCCGGGGACAAGUUCCAG